AUGGUUUGGAUAAGAAUCACAGGUUUAAAUAUUAACUAUUAUCAAGAGAGAGCCAUGAAAAUGAUUGUGUCAGCUGUUGGCAAACCGAUCCGCAUCGACUUAGCCACCAAGUCUGCGGAGAGGGGAAAAUAUGCAAGAGCAUGUGUGCAAAUUAACUUGGGACUUCCAGUCAUAAAAAAAAUUCAAGUUGAUGGUCAUAUGUAUGACAUAGAAUAUGAGUACUUGAAUUUAAUUUGUGAAAAAUGUAGCUGCUUUGGGCACGUAACAAGAGAAUGUGCGAAAGAGAACAACAAUGGCAUUGGGAAGGAAAACAUGGUGAAGGAGAAAAAUUUGUCGCCAAUGUUUCCGGUGGAUAACAACGAGAAAACGGCAGAAGGUAGUCAAAUCCCAGUAAAAUAUCAAAAUUCAACUUUUGAAUUUGGAAUUAAUGCUAAAUCAAUUCCAAUUAUGGAGAAGCAUGGAGCAGCGGAUCUUGUGCAUGAUAAUUUGCAAGAAUCACGCAUGGAUGGGGAUACUCGUACAAAAGAGGGUGAUUGGGUUACAGUUAGUAGAAAAGGCAAGGAAAAAGUGGGUAAAGGCCCCAAUUUGGUGAAAAAAAACCAAUGUAGCAAUAUGCUCCAAUUUGGUGAGUAA